AUGGCUUCGUUCCUCGGCAUGAACCUCUUCGACUUCAAAGGCGAAGAUGGCUCAUUACAGGCGAGUCCUCAAUUUUGGAUUUUUGUAGUGACUACGGUACCAUUGACGAUGCUCACUGUGGGCGCCUGGUAUCUGUAUAAGACCAGGCAUAACAAGAUCAGGAAGGCCAAAUCAAUCGCCGAGGCUGUGUGA